AUGACCCUGAAUAAGUUGAAGUGUUCCAAGGGCAAAUGGAUAAAAGAGCAAUAUAAUGCUCAAGAAUUUAAGUUGGAAGUUAACUACAGGGAUCCAUCAAAAGUUAUCGCUUGCACACUUUUUGGCUUCCGUGGUAAUUUCCUCAACGUUGGAUUCAUUGUGGAGAAGGAUGUGGCAUCUGUUGAUGAUGGUGAUGAUAUUCUUGGGGAUGAACCUGAGGAUCAAAGUAGGACAAAUAUCGCCGCCUACCGCGAGAACAACAACGACGUUAAAUUCUACUUCAUUCAUGUCUUCGCCCCGACCGAGACGUGCGACAAGUGGAUGGAUACACGGACUGCUCUCGCCAAGGCCAAUGCCGUGUUCAACCCUACAAUGAUGCCAACGCCUGCUUCCGACGGCCCACCCAUUGAGAACAAGAAGACCAAUGCAUUGAGGAACGCGACGCCGAACACACGAUUGUUGAGAUUAAAUUUAGUGGUUGUACGGGGGUUUGUUGCCGACAGCAUACUACGAGGUUUUGACCUCAACAAACCAGCGCAAACAGAAGGUUAUGAUGGUGCUGAUCAAGAUGGGAAUGAUGCAGCAAAUUUUGUUCCUGGACCAAAUAGUACAGCAACUGCAGGUGCUACAAAUGUUGCUGAAGAAGAUGGUGAAGAAAUUUGUUCACAGCCUGUGGUUCCAUUUGUUGGGAUGAUUUUCGAUGACCUCGAAGUAGCAAAACAAGCAUACAAUGAUUAUGCGUGGAAGCUUGGUUUCGGCACACGCAUUGGAAACACCAAGUAUAGCACAGCACGAGGAGUGCCAAAGGACACGAUUCUGAGCAGAGUGUUUGAGUGUGUGCAUACUGGUAAACCAGCAGCUGAAUGUAAGAAUGCUGCUGCGAGAAGCAAAGAAACUGCUGCAAAAGUAAAAGAAGCUUCUGUCGAUAUGAGCAACAUUGGCGAGCAAAAGUCAAGAAGCAAACAAGCUGGAUCUGAGAUAGACGUGAAUGAAUCAAAGCAGCGUAAUAUUUUGCGCCGAUGUGACUGUAAAGCACAUAUGGUUGCUGAGAAGCGGAAUGGCCUUUGGUCUGUCACUGUUUUUAAAGAAGAACACACCCACCCAAUGGUGAAGCUAGCAGGGAUGCGACGCUACUACAGAUCACAUAGGAAAGUCCCAGAAGAAGAUUUCCAAUUCAUACAGACGCUACAUAAUCAAAACAUUACAACCGCUCAGAUAAUGGGUUGUCUAGGAAAUGUGCAUGGUGGCGACCCAAGGACGCUAGGUUACGUGAAGAGAGAUGUGUCUAACAUAAGGACAAUGCUGCGAGAGGAAGUAUCACAUCGUGAUAUGAGCAUGGUGAUUGAGUACUUUGAACGCAGGAAAGCAGAAAGUCCAAAUUUCUUUUAUGACACACUAGUGGAUUCAAAAAAUGCUAUCAGAGGACUAUUCUGGGUGGAUGGAAGGACCAGAGCACUAUACCCCAAGUACAAGGACUGUGUUUUCUUUGACACAACCUUUUGCACCAACAAGUAUAAUCUUCCUUUUGCUCCAAUUGUGGGAAUAAAUAACCACACACAUACGAUUGUCCUAGGUUGUGCUUUGCUACCGGAUGAAACAACAGAAACAUUUAAGUGGGUAUUUGAAAGGUGGAUGCACGCAAUGAAUCAGAUGCACCCAGAUUAUAUAAUGACAAACCAGGACCAGGCUAUAGCUACUGCAAUUGACAAGGUAUUUCCAAAUUCAGUACACAGAUGCUGCUUCUACCAUGUGCUGCACCUAGCAAGGAAAAAACUUGGUCCAAAUUUGGGAGAAGGCCAUCCAUUUGCAGAUGCAUUUUACUCAUGCAUAUAUGGAACUGAUACUAUUGAGGAAUUUGAAUUCUGCUGGCAGCAUAUGCUGCGAAGCUUCGACAUGGCAGAGAACAAUCACCUCAAUAAUAUGUGGAAGAGCAGAAAGACAUGGGCACCAGUUUACUUCAGGAAAAGUUUUUUCCCAUUCACAAGCACAACUGGAAGAUCGGAAGGCCUUAACUCAUACUUCAAGACAUUGGUUCGCCCUAGUGACUCCGUGUGGAAUUUCGUGCAGUGA